AUGCACGCCCCCCUUUCGGAGCCUGAGCUUUCCACGGACGAGUCUGCUGCGAGCGACGACAGCGAAUGCGACCGCACACACAAAGCACACUCCAACGCUUUCCGCUCGUUUAUUGCUUUAGAGGCAUCAGAAACGCCGUGGCAAUUGCAAUUAGCCGAGCUUGCACGCACGGCGCGCACCGAGCGUAUGCAAACGCAGCGUAUUGUGUAUGGUGAUGCCGACUCGACUGCGCACGAGGCGAUGCGUGCCGCGCUCUUCCGCAGUAUCCCCGACGCGAACGUCGACAAGAGUGCUUAUACGAAUUUGCCGAGUGCCUAUACGGACUCGCCGAGCAACUCGACGGUCGGGUCCAUGUCCACCACGGGCACUGUUACGCCUCGCGCGCCGCAGGAGCGUUCCCGCGCCAACUCGACGUCGUACUCCACUUCCCAAGCGCGCGCCGGUGCCUCGGCCAAAGAGGUUGCCGUACAGCAGGUGACACAAACGACUGUUGAGAAGCCAUUUGCUUCCUCACCUCUUAGUCCCAAGCAAGCGCCAGCCGAACCGACGCCCAAGCCCCAAAAAAGCAAUGCACAUCUCCCCGACAUUGCGCCUUUGCGCAACACAUCCAACGCCACGAAACGCAGCCGUACGAACAUGCGCUCUUCUCGCAGUCAAGAACGUUUUGGACCGCGUGGAGCGCAAGGAAGCAAAGCGCCCAUUUCUCGCACCCAAGUGUUUCAGAUGCUCACCAUGACGCAGUCCAACCAAGACAACAAAAUGUCAAAAACGAAACCCGACCCCAAAAAGAAAAAGAACCCCAUUGUAUUUGUGACCGGUGGCGAAGAGCUUGGUUCCGACGAAGAAGAAGUCUUAGAAACAGCCGAGCUUCAAGACAAGCAACGAGCUGCGCCCAAGGCAGCGGCAGAAGCAGACGACGAUGCAUGGUCCAGCGAUGAUGCCGCCGAGGAGGAGGAAGAGCGACAACGGCAAGCUGAACGUGUGAAUGCGCAGCAAAAGCGCAAGGAAGAAGAGGAGCGCGAGCGUCUAGAUAUGUUUAAAAAGCGGCCCAUCCGCUCUGCAAGCCUUGCCGAUCUUCCGCUCGUCAACAAAACCAAGGAGCCCCCUGUGGACGCGAAACCAUUAGCCGAUGUUGCCCUCGGCAACACCCGCGGACUUUUGUCGACCAUCUUCCAUCCCCCACGCGAAAAAGAUGCACCGACAUACAAUACAAACUCUGGCGCGCCGCGCUCGCGAGUUGGUAAUAAAAACAACACGCGCGCAGGCAAGACGAUUAGCUUUACUGAUCUCCCACAGCGCUCCAUGAGCAGCAUCGACAAUACGCGCAAUACCUCGACGCCAUCUCUCAUUGCCAACACCCUUACUUCCCAGCGGCGUGCCAGCACAACCAAUGUGGCGAUGGAGCGAAGCAAGAGUGCAAUUGCCCUCCCGCUCCUUAAUGUCACGUCCUUGCGCUCGUCGACGCAUGUGCGUGCGCUUGAAUUGCAACGCAAUGCAAGCGGUGCGUCGCUCAAUCGCGGUGCAAGUUCCGACUCUGGCUCGCUCUGCGCAGAGUCGCGCGAGCAAGUUUUGGGCCAGGCGUCCAGUGAUUUGCAAGCACCCCCCAUGAUGAGUUCGAGAAGCACCGGCGCCCGUGCCCGCCUUUCUGCACUUGCUAAAGGGCAUUUACUCGAUGCUGAAAAAGCAAGCGACAACAAACUUGUUACCCUCGUCCGCUCAUACAGCGCUGCUGGCAUGAUGCUGCAAGGGCAAGAAGGCAAGAAUGUGAAAUACAGGCGCCAGCGAUCUUCCUCUCCUCCUGUACGCUUGAACCGCGGGGAUUCCCCCGAUGAAGGUCCGUUUCUGGAGCUUCUCGUCGACCAAAACAGCACCGAAGUCGACUUUUCCCGCCUCCGCAACGUGCCGCAAACUACCGACGACGUUCCGACGCCCGACGGGCACACUUUGUCAAAGCAUGCCACAUCCAUGAUUCAACUUCCAGCCCAGAAGACGGACAUUGUGCCUGCCUUGUCGCCACGCACCGCGCGGAACAAUAUGAUUUGCGACGAGCUCAGCGAAAGUGUGCGCGAGAAUCUGUUGUGGGAAAAGCAAUCCCGCGCGCGCUUUUUCGGCAAGGAUAUGCCUACCAGCACAGCAACCAAAGGCACGAAUUCACCCAAGCCCCGCGCCGGUUCCUCAAGGCGCACCGUCUCGGGCAGCAAUGCAGAGACAACUACGGGCCUGCGGCGAUCCUUGGAAGACGAAUCAUUCCACCACAAGGGAUGGUAG